AUGUUCUAUGGCCCCUUUCUGCAGACACCUUACAACCAUCACCCUCUUCUUCAGCCCGGCAAUAUUCAAGAUCCCGACUUUCAAUAUGCUCCAGGAAGUGACUAUCCGCAUGAGAAGAGCUUUGAGAAUGGCCAGCCCCUCAAUGUGGAAUCCUAUGACAGAGAUAUAAGGGCCUUUGGUGUGCCGCAGCAGCGAGUGCCUUCAUCUUUCCACAAUGUCGCCAUAAAUUCUCGAAAACGCAAGGCUUCCAGCGUUGACGAGUUCGAUAACGUCCCAGAUCAAAAGAAAGCAACACUUGCGCAGGUCCAAGUCCAAGAUCCAAAUGGCGACUAUUAUGACCUGAGCGGCCAGACCUCACCCUAUUCUCCUUUUGUCCCCACACCUACCGGCAGCACGGGCUUUCCGGCUUGUCCACCUCGUGGCACGUCUCCAAGACCUUCAGGUCAUCACUACUCGACAUCGACAGCGUCCCAGGUUUCCUUGGCUGCUCCAUCACCACAUACACCGGCAUUCAGCCCAUCCUUCACAACCGUGAAGAGUGAGCAGAGUCCCGGAGUUCCCAUGACGCCUGUUCCACGUCCAACUUCGACAAGCUCGCCGCUGAAAUCAUCUAUCCCGAAGUUGGUUCGGACUUCCACCAUCCAAACAUCUCCACCACCCGGUGUCUUUUCCAAUCUAGUCCCGGGGCAUGCUCAGAAUUUUAACCCGUAUGCCAUGCAUCCCCUGAAGGCUACCCUCAAACUCAAGGGAGACAUCGACACCAUGAAAGAGAACUGGACUGCAGAAGAAAAAGAGGCCCGACGACGCCUGGUGGAGUUUAAACGCAGCCAAGUGAACAGCACCAUCACCGCCGAAUUCAACGCCGUCGCCCCCCAAGACCGCCAACCAAGCAGCAUCUGCAUCAGUUGCAUCUGGUGGAAGGAGAAGAACGAAUUCUACGUCACCUCGGUUGACACCAUCUACCUGCUCGAGGCCUUGGUUGGAGUCCGUUUCACCGUGGAGGAGAAGAAUCGUAUCCGCCGAAACUUGGAAGGCUUCCGACCAAUGACGAUUUCCAAAGCCAAAGCGGAUAGUGAAGAGUUCUUCAAGGUCAUCAUGGGCUUUCCUCAUCCCAAGCCUCGUAAUAUUGAAAAGGAUGUCAAGGUCUUCCCCUGGAAAAUCUUAUCGACAGCUCUGAAGAAGAUCAUUUCCAAGUAUUCUGCCAGCUACUCCUCGACGGCAGCCUCUCUCCUCACUCCCACCGCGUCGAUCUAUUCUCGCGGAGAGGGCAUGUUGGAGUACCAUCAUCCACAAUCACCCCAUCCGGAAUACUUCAAUGGCACCAGUGCUCCAUAUCAAGUCCAUCCCGGGAUGGCUUACAUGCAAGGGCCCGUCCAUAUGCGCAUGCCAGUCUCAGUUGCACCUGCUCCAGUUCCAGAGUUGCAGCUACAGAUGCCUGAAUGCGUUCCUACAUAUGAUCUCCACGGCCAAUACUGCUAUCAGAGCAUGCCUCAACUUCCACAAGGAACGAUGGGCAUGGCGCCUCACCCCAUGACUGCGCCAGUUGCCCGCAUGGCCCCGUGGGAGUAUGCCAAUUUUGUCAACGACAGCCCCGUCACGAUGGCACCGCAGAGCGCACCGCCGGUUGCCUAUCCCCGUGGCACCAUGGAGACGGCCGAGUUCAUCCCCACAAUGCACUAA